GAACGAGAUGGACAAAAAAUCAACCGCGUUGUGCGCAGUUGGCGUGGAUUGGGAGUUUUAACCGGGGUGUUUCUGGCAUAAAAGAAGGAUUGCUUUAUGAAGAUACAGCCCAUGUGAAGACAAGGAUGGCUCUGGAGCAGUUCUCAGAUGUAGUUCAGAGAUGUCAAUCACUCACAGAUGACGGCUACACCGCUGAGGAUCACAACAUCUUCACAGUUGCUGGACGAACGUGCAUUGAGGAGGGGAACAGCACUCAGGUCCUCAGCAUCGUCCUGGAUGAAAAGAAUCAGGACUUGGUGAGAUGCAUGGGCUGGAAUCUGCUGCCUCCACUCAUCCAGGUGCUGCUGAAGAAAGAAGACAAGAAUCUUCCUCAGUGCCUCGCCAUUUUUAACCAUCUGUUAGAGACUUGCAGACCCAAAGAGCUGCUGAUUGGCCUGCUGGACCAACUGGAGCAUGAUGAUCCCGACGACGUAGCUGAGAGACUCCAUCUGCUUCUGAAGCCUCUACAGAAAGUGCUGCUGUGCCUGGGCAGCCGUAAGGCCUCGUCCUUGGGCAUGACCCUGUCCUCGGUGCUGGACCAGGUGGCCAAACUGCCCAUCCCUCAAACCAAGGAGCAAGAGGAGGACGAUGUCUUUUCCCUUUGUCGUAGCUGCACUGACCUGAUAGACUUUGUUAAGCCUUUUGUCAAAGAGGCUGAGCAAAGCCUGCAGAGUGGAGAGGCGGCAGGCGGACCGAACGGGGGUAAAGAGGACGAGCUGCAGACUGAACUCCUGAAAUUCUGUAUGAAGACUCUAAGUCACCCUCUGCUGGAGGUUCAGCUCAGGGAUCCCGAGGCGCUGCCGCUGUCUCCUCUCAGGACAUUUGCCACAGAGAUUCUGGACAUCCUUGGAUCCAUCGGAGAGUCCCUCUCUGGUCUCAUGUUCCAGCCUGUGAUGAAGAGAAAACAGGCUCUGGGCUUUCUGGAGGAGGAGGUGCGUUACCCUAAAUACUCUUUGGCCAGCUUGGCCCACCUGGUGUUUGUGCAUCACCUGGCUGCUGACACAUUCCCCAGUGUUUUCAGCCCCGUUUUCUGUCUUCGGUGUAACAUGGAGCACAUCUCCCUCCUUCUGUCCAGAGCUGAAGACUAUAAGGUUCAGAAAGGACUGGAGCUGUAUGAGAAGAGUCUGGUGCGGGUGGAGGACGGCAGUCUGCCGGCAGCUCUGCUGGAGAUUAAAACCUUCCUCACUGUUCCUCAGAACUUAGUAAAGGUCAUGACGAUGUGUCCCAAGCAUGAAUUGCGGACUAAAGGACUGAAGGUGUUCCAGAUGAGCAUCGAUAAAUUUGGCACUGAAGCCAAGUACCAGUUCUUCCAGUUCAUGCUCAGGACCAGCAACCACUCAGGAGUCGUUGGCUACGUCAUUAAAAACAUCAAGAACCAGAUUGACUUUGCUCUGCAGCCAGGUAAUGGUAACACCUGGUUUGAGGGGGUCCACCUGCUGCCUCUGCUGCGGAAGGUCUUCAGUCUUCCAGAUGGUCCAGAGACCGACCUCCUGCAGAACCUGGACAGAGUCAUGGAGUCGCUGAACCUGCUGCGUUACCUGGUCAUCAGAGACAAAGCAACGGAGAACCAGACGGGUAUCUGGACAGAGCUGUACAAAAUAGAAGAUGCCUUCAUGAAGCCUCUGCGUGUUGGGCUGAACAUGUCAAGAGCUCAUUAUGAGAUGGAGCUGAACAACACCAAGGAGACCAAGAAGAGCAAGAGCAAAGAGACUCUACUGACUGUGUCUGUUGGUGAUGAGAAGCUGCCAAACAUGACAUCCGAGUCCCAGAUUCAGGCUCUGCACUCAGCUCUCCACACAUUUGACAUGAUUGAGAGUGUGUUGGUGAGGAUAGAAGAGCUCGUCGAGGUGAAGGAUGAUCUGUAAACUGCAAGAGACCACCCCCCCUUCUGUCCUACCAGUGGCCUGGUGGACAAAACACAUCUUCAGCUUGUUUAGUAGUCAUUUUUGCAGGUUGAUCUAGGUGCAAGUAUGUGCUGCUUGUGUGUGUGUGUGUGUGUGAGUGAGAGAGAGAGUGUGUGAACGUGUGUUUUUCAGGUUUAUAAAAUUCAGGAAAAAUGUAAAUGUUGCACAUGUUCAUAAAGUCUGUAAUAAAUGCUCCAGCUUUUGUAGAUGUGUUCAAGACAGUUUAUGUACUUUUCUUCUAAUAAAGUUUACAUCUGGUAUGUAAUAAAAAAACUGUCUAAAAUGAAAUAAAAACAACUCAGUGAUUUGCAAUUC